UUUUCAGCAGUAGAUGGCAGUGGAGAGUCAUAGGAUGCCAUGGAUGUUUUGUUUACUAAUCUGCUCCAUACUCUCUUCCUUGUAACCACCAGCUAACCUGUAUUCUUGCUGACAGCAUAGAUUUAGGCAAAGAUAGGUGUGUCAGCUGACAGUUGUGUGAUGCUAGCAUGUUAGCUUCGGAGUUAGCAAGCAAACACUGUGCUAAUUUAGCGUGUGUCGUUUAUAUAGUAAGCUGCGUUUGCUCUUUAAUUGUAUGAGCAAUUGGUGUAAAUCUUUUUGCGUGACCCGAACACUGAUUAUGUGGCGAGAGUGGGCAGGUUUAUCCUGACACAAACUCUCUAACGUUAAGUGUGGCUAUUUAUAGCACUAGCGAGCUAGCAGCUAGGAAGCAAAUCCUCAUAGCAACCGUAGCUAGCUCUGACAGGAGGUUAGCUAACCAGCGGGCGUCUUCAUGGAGAACUUUAAAGUGUUAGCUAAGCUUUCAAGAUUGGUCGUAAGGGGCAAUGGACUUGAUAUGCGGGGCAGCACAGAUAAGCUGACAGAUAAUGGGAAAGGCAGCUCGUAUGGAUCCGACCCAGAGGUAAACGGCAGUGCGGUCCCCGGGGAGACACAGGUGGACAAGUACGGAUUCAUAGGAGGAGCACAGCAGUACUCCGGGUACUCUGCUGAAGAAAUCCCCAUUGAGGUGUUAAGGCAGCGGGAGGCAAAAUGGCUGGAGAUGCUCAACAGCUGGGACAAGUGGAUGGCCAAAAAACACAAGAAGGUGAAAGAGCGCUGUGGGAAGGGGAUUCCUCCAUCCCUGCGUGGCCGGGCGUGGCUCUACCUCACUGGGGGCAAAGUGAGAAGGGAGCAAAACCAGAACAAAUUCCACGAACUGGACAAUCAGCCAGGAGAUCCUAAAUGGGUAGAUAUUAUUGAGAGGGACCUCCAUCGACAGUUCCCAUUCCAUGAAAUGUUUGCUGCGAGAGGAGGUCAUGGGCAGCAGGACCUGUUCCGCGUGUUGAAGGCUUAUACUCUGCAUCGUCCUGAAGAGGGUUAUUGUCAGGCUCAGGCUCCAAUUGCUGCUGUACUCCUGAUGCAUAUGCCAGCAGAGGAUGCAUUCUGGGUUCUUGUCCAGAUUUGUGAGAAAUACCUUCCUGGAUACUACAGUACAGGGCUGGAAGCAAUCCAGCUGGACGGGGAGAUCCUGUACGCUCUGCUGCGGCGGGUGUCUCCCGUGGCCCACCGUCACCUGAAGAAGCACAAGCUGGAGCCCAUCUUGUACAUGACCGAGUGGUUCAUGUGUGCCUUCUCUCGGACUCUGCCGUGGGCGUCAGUGCUGCGUGUCUGGGACAUGUUCCUUUGUGAGGGAGUAAAGAUCCUCUUCCGAGUGGGCCUGGUUCUCUUGAAAUGCAUGUUGGGAUCCCAAGAGAAACUGAAGGCCUGUCAAGGUCUCUAUGAAACAAUGGAACUGCUCCGAGCCAUACAGCCACAGUACACGCAAGAAGGCUUCCUGGUGCAUGAGGUUAUUGAGCUACUGGUGUCUGAGAAAGACAUUGAGAAGGAACACCAUGCUCAACUGCGGCGCUGGAAGGAGACUCAUGGAGAUCUACACUGCAAGUCCCCUCCCAGGAUGCACGGCGCCAAGGCCAUCAUGGCUGCCGAGCCGCCCAGCCGACAGGACCUGAGACAGAUGCCCACCAUCAUCGUGCACUCUCCCCUGGCACCCAAGACAGAUGAGGAGAGAGCAGAGGACGCCAAGGAUAGUAGAAAGACUAAAGAGGAAAAAGAGAAGACAACAAUCCUACCGCUGCAGGAGACCAUUAAUCCUUACCUUCCUCCCACUGACCCCUCACCCCUCCUCAAACACACGACUGUACAAGGGUCCAAAGAGAGUCUGAGCAGUGCAGAGCAUGACACUUACCUGUAGCGGGGUAAGUGUCACCAGUUUACAAACAGAAAUCAUUCCGAACAACCUUUACUAACUUAGCAGUUACACUCAUCACAGUAGACAUGACAAACCCCUCCAUGACGUAGUGUAUCUGUAGUAGUCGUGACUGUGACGGGUUUUAGUAAAAAGGCUAUUUUUACAAACACAACACUCCUGGAAAAGUUAUGGAAUUUAAAAAUAAUUUGAAACAUUUGUAAAAAAUAAUCACAUUUUCAAAGCUGGCAACAAUGCCAUUUCUCAGACUACUAAGCAGUCGCUGUAAUACUCAGCACAUUUAAUUCAUACAGGUUGUUGUUGUUUACUGCACUUGUAACUAAGUAGUACAGCCAUGGAACUUUAGCAUUAAAGUAUAGUACAUUUUUAAAAUGUAAUGAAACUCAGAAAUGUGUAAUUGCCAGGCAGCAACAACAGAUGGCGACUAUGUGGCCUUUGCACACAUGUCUAUAGGUUGUAGCCUGUGGGAGUGUGGAGCUAUUAGCUUCAUGACUGAACAUACAAUCGCUAAUUCACUGCUAAUUAACAGCUACUGCUGCUAUUUACCUCUUAAAAGCAGUGCUCAGUUGUUUUAAAUGAAGUCUGAUUUUGUCUUAAUUGAUGAGGUCUUUCUAGAGCACUUUGCCUUUAUAGUCUUCCUCUUUGCAUACAUUACUCACUACGUUGCCAAUGCAGAGAUUCAUAUUUCCCUGCUUUGCUAGACUCAGUCAUUCGCAUUCAUCUGUUUAGCACAGUCUUGUGACUGUUAUGCUGCAUCCACGAGUUUGUCUUUGCUGUUGUUGAACACUUGAGGGCGCCCUAAGAUUAUCUCUCAGCCUCAGCGGUGACCAGCUGCAAAAACUGACACAAGCUGUGUGACUCUCAAAUGAAGGAAGAAGUGUGCAGGGAAAUGUUAAUGUACUAAUGUCAGCCAAAGCUUUUUAAUCAAUAUUUUAAGAUAUAUGUUGUCCAAGCAGUUUACUCAAUCAUAUUGUGAUACAGUAUUUGUUUGGGAGAGCAUCAGGUUUAUAUUUAUGUGAAUGAGAUAUGGUAAGAUGCCAUUGUGAAGAACGCUAACACAAAACUGUUGCUUUUUUCUUUUUCUUUUUUUUUUUGUUUUUUUACAAUCAUGCUUAAAGGUUUGUGGGUCCUUUAUACUUAAAUAUAUCUAAUUUUAUUAUAAAAGAAAAAGACAGCAUUGGGAGAUAGCUCAGAAUCUGAACUCCAGUCCAAACACUCAACAAGUUACUUUAUUUCCCCAUUUUAAAUGAUUUCUUUUUUACAUCCUAAACCAAGAAAUCCCACUGAAAUGUGCUGAAGUACCUGGUGUUAUCUUUGUUGACAAAACUGCUUUGAAUAAGCUUUAAUAAGCUUCAAAAACAAACUAAUCAUGAAGUCCAAGUAGUGUACAAAUAUAAUCUUCAGCGGUUCUUUUCUAAUGGCAUUAUUUAGCUAAAAAUUAAUUGAAACACUAGUUCUCUUUGUUAUUUGAAGGCGUUUGUGUAGAUGUCAGACUAAACUAUAAAAAACAUUUGAGCAACAAAAGAUAUUAAAAGUCAAGGGAACCAUAAUAAUGGCUUUGAUAAUGGCCAAACUCUGUGUUGAUUUUAUCUGAGAUGUUUCAAUGAAGAAAUUGUUUGAAAAACUCUUAAUGAAGUCCUAAGCAAUCAACAUUUAACACUCCUAGUCCAAGAAAUUUUAUCAGCAGUUACAUGUGUAACUCAACAUCAGAAUAUUUGCUGUCAAGGUUUUUAUAAUGGAAAAUGCUUGUGGGUAUGUGUUGAUUUUAAACACUGUGGAGAUUGUUUUUAACGUAUAUGCUACGGGUUUAUUUUCUUUUUAUUAGGAAGCACCGUUUACCUGCCGUGUCCUCUGAAGCUUUUAAUAUUUAGAUUUUAAAAAUGUUGUUCUAAUCUGUAGCAAGAACACAUAUCACAUUUAACCAACAUGCAGUUCAUCAGUUGAGUUUCUAUACUGUCAUGUAGAUGGUGCCACUGAGCCAGGGAUUCAAAUGACUAGUUGCUCAGUCAUUCUCAAGGAUACAGGAUAUACAGGAUGGUUUGGCAUCUAAAACCUUCAUGUUGAUUUAGAAAAAUAAAGUACAGUCCAUUGGGAGCCUGGGGCUUGUAAAUCUGCAACCUGCUGUUUUCAUCAGUAUAAAGGACUUUAUUUCUGAUCUGUUUGCUCAUUUGAUUAGAAAUCAACUUCUCAUGUCUACAAGCUGUUUUAUACCAAAUUACAUUUAAAUCAAUAAAAUUUGAAAUCUGUCA